AACUUUGGUUCGAAUGCCUUGUACGGAUUUAACAUUCAAUAUUACACGCCCACACACACACAUGUACACAGUACAUUACGCGUCUGGUUUCAUUUCAUUCCUCCUUUACCUACGCCAUUCACCAUCAUCAUCCAUAUAUACCCGACACAAAAUUGUGCCAAAUUUGAGCAGAGAAGCGAUUGAUCGUCAUCAGUAUUAACCCUAGAAGUGUCACAAGUGGUUGAUUGGCUAAUCGCCCUUUCAAGAACGCCUCCCGAUACGAUCAUAUUCAUCGCAAUUCAAUCCGGUCCUUCUCCGACUCGGUCUUCAUAGCAAAUUCACAGGAUGUCGUCCGAUCUAGACCGGCAGAUUGCACAGCUAGAGAGAUGCGAGCCAAUCUCUGAAGCUCAAGUCAAGAAUCUAUGCCUAAAGGCGAGAGAGAUUCUGGUAGAAGAAUCCAAUGUCCAACAUGUUGAUGCACCUGUUACAAUCUGUGGGGACAUUCAUGGCCAAUUCUGGGAUCUGAUGGAACUAUUCAAACAUGGAGGACUAUGUCCUAAGACGAACUACCUCUUCAUGGGAGACUUUGUCGAUCGAGGAUUCUACAGUGUGGAAACGUUUCUUUUAUUGCUUGCAUACAAGGUACGCUAUCCGGAUCGGAUCACACUGAUCAGAGGUAAUCACGAAUCUCGGCAGAUCACACAGGUAUACGGAUUCUAUGAUGAAUGCUCGCGGAAGUAUGGUAGUGCAAACGUUUGGAGGUAUUGCUGUGAAGUGUUUGACUAUCUGGCUUUGGGAGCGGUUGUGGAUGGAAGGGUGUUUUGCGUGCAUGGAGGAUUAAGUCCGAGCGUGGCAACAAUAGAUGAAAUACGAUCGAUAGACAGAAAGCAGGAAGUGCCACACGAUGGAGCAAUGUGCGAUCUGCUGUGGUCAGAUCCAGAUGAGAUACAAGGCUGGGGAAUGUCACCUAGAGGUGCAGGAUAUUUGUUCGGAGGGGAUGUUGCGACGCAAUUCGCUCAUACAAAUGAUAUUGACCUAAUAGCCAGAGCACAUCAAUUGGUUUUGGAAGGGUACAAGAUCAUGUUUGAUUCCACAAUCGUAACCGUUUGGAGUGCGCCAAAUUAUUGUUACAGAUGCGGAAAUGUUGCAAGUAUACUUAAAUUGGAUGAUGGAUUGAACCAAAAAUACGAAACCUUUGAUGCCGCUGCUCAGGAAAGCCAAAAUAUACCUUCAAAGCGAUGUGCUCCAGAGUAUUUCCUAUAGACCUUACCGGCAAUGCAAGAGAAAGCUUGAUAAUGGCUUUUAGCACGAUCAAGCUGGACAAUUUACCCUAUUAGAGAGAGAAGACAUGGCCAAAGCAGCCGUGUAGAUGCAGGCAAGCAUCACAUGUAUUAUGUAGCAAAAAAGCGACCCUUUGUCGCACUCACCUCUUUGAUCUUUUUGUACUUCUAGCACAUCCUUCAGUCAAUUUCUAUAUUGAAUCGAUCAUUAUCAGAUUGUAGGUCCUAUCGGAAAAGGUCGCCGCAACCUAAUGUUAAAUGAAGAUUGGCGCUAGAGAGAGUAGGUACGCGGAGAAUGCCUGAGCGUGACUCAGUGUUGCGAAUCUUCUUCCCGGCAUGCAUAUGCGUGUCGAUCAUGAGCAAAGAUAGCAAUUUGACUGCUCAACAAUCUUCCUUUCAACCUUUGAUCACUGAAAUAGGCUCUUACGCAAAGACUGCUUAUCCGGCAUACACU